CGGCUGCCCGCCCGCGUCCCGCUUCUGUUUUCUGGCGUUUCCUCAUUCUGUUUCUCUUCCCCAAUCCCAGACCGCAGUGAUGUGGGCGCGGAGCCCGGCCGCCCCGCCUCGCUCUCCACCAUGAACGAGCCCACCGUGCAGCCGUCCCGCACAUCCUCGGCACCCGCCUCGCCAGCAUCCCCGCGCGGCUGGAGCGACUUCUGCGAGCGGCACGCGGCAGCGGCGGCCCGGGAGCUGGCCCGCCAGUACUGGCUGUUUGCGCGCGCACACCCACAGCCGCCGCGCGCCGACCUGGUGUCGCUGCAGUUCGCCGAGCUCUUCCAGCGCCACUUCUGCCGGGAGGUGCGCGAGGGUCACGACUACCGUGCUUCUGCUCCGCCCCGCCCCGCGCUGCCCAAGGCACGCAGCUCCGAGGACCUGGGCCCGCGGCCCGCCUGCGCCCUGCAGCACCUGCGCCGCGGCCUGCGCCAGCUCUUCCGCCGCCGCUCGGCUGGCGAGCUGCCGGGGGCUGCCAGCGACACCAAUGACACCGACACCGCCGCCGUCACCAGGCCGGGCCCGGCCCGCAAGUUGCUACCCUGGAGCCUGCGAGAGCCGUCCGCCGAGGCGCUCAAGGAGGUGGUAUUGCGCUACAGCCUGGCGGACGAGGCGGCAAUGGACAGUGGCGCGCGCUGGCAGCGGGGUCGCCUGGUGCUUCGGUCGCCAGGUCCAGGCCACGGCCACCUUCUGCAGCUCUUCGAUCCGCCCAAGAGCUCAAAGCCCAAGUUCCAAGAGGCCUGCUCCACCAUCCGGGAGGUCCGACCGUGUACACGCCUGGAGAUGCCUGACAACCUCUACACCUUCGUGUUGAAGGUGCAGGACCAGACAGACAUCAUCUUUGAGGUGGGAGAUGAGCAGCAGCUGAACUCAUGGCUGGCAGAGCUCAGGGCAAGCACAGGCCUCAGGCUGGAGCACCUGGACACAGAGUUCCCUCUUUCCUUAGUGGCAGAGCCUGGCCCAGCUAGAUCCCCAAGGGGAAGUACUGACUCCCUGGACCAAGGUGCUUCACCUGGGGUGAUGCUGGACCCAGCCUGCCAGAAAACAGAUCACUUCCUGUCCUGCUACCCCUGGUUCCACGGCCCUAUCUCCAGGGUGAGGGCUGCACAGCUGGUUCAGCUGCAGGGCCCUGAUGCCCAUGGCGUGUUCCUGGUGCGGCAGAGUGAGUCCCGGAGAGGGGAAUAUGUACUCACAUUCAACUUACAGGGCAGAGCCAAGCACCUCCGCCUGGUGCUCACAGAGCGUGGACAGUGCCGGGUGCAGCACCUGCACUUCCCCUCCGUGGUAGACAUGCUCCGCCACUUCCAGCGCUCCCCCAUCCCACUUGAAUGUGGAGCAGCCUGUGAUGUCCGACUCUCUGGCUAUGUGGUAGUCGUCUCUCAGACCCCAGGUUCUUCCAACACUGUCCUCUUCCCUUUUUCCCUUCCUCACUGGGACUCGGAGCUGGGUCAUCCCCACCUCAGCACUGCUGCAGGCUGUCCCCCCGGCCCUGGUGCAGAGGCUCUCCCUGGCCAAGUGACACCCCCUGAGCAGAUCUUCCACCUGGUGCCUUCUCCUGAGGAACUGGCCAACAGUCUGAGGCAGCUGGAGCUUGAGUCUGUGAGCAAUGCCCGGGACUCAGACUAUGACAUGGACUCCUCAUCACGGAGCCACCUUCGGGCCAUUGACAACCAGUACACCCCUCUCUCACAGCUGUGCAGAGAUGCAAACUUGUGAAUGUAACCAUUUUCAUCCCCUCUAGAGAACUACAGGCUGCUGUCAGGCAUCUCCAGCUCAGAUGUGCCCCGCUUCCAACACACACAAGGCUGGCAGGCUUCCUGUCAGCCACAGCUAGCUAGCCCCUGGCUUUCUCCCACUGUUUACAGAUGUAGUUCUUGUGCACAGGUGCCACUAGCUGGUACCCUAGGCCUGUCCCCAACCCAGAGGAGGUGGGGCUGCAGGCCCAGAGCUGGCAGUGGAAACUGACAGAGCUGAUGACAGACGUCUUACCAGGUAGGGUCAUCGGGAAGCACACAACACUAACAGUCCCUGGAUUCUCCCAUGGCGUCCUUCCCUGUGGCUUCAGUUCUGUGGCAAGUCCACGCUCCAUGCCACAGGCGAUGGAUGCUUCAUAAUCCUGCUUCUACUCUUAGCUUUAGGACAGAAGCUCUGCCAGAGGGACAAGCUUAAAGAUCAAAAAUGAUUUAAACAUUUUACCUCAGAGUAAUUUUUUUAAAAAAAGGAUUCAGGUUUCCAUUUACUACUCUAGCUUACUUCUCUGCACUGCCCUACUAGGGCCCCUGCCACUCUGAAGUCGGGGGAAGCGAAGUACCCCUGCCCCGCUCACUGUGAGCCAAGCUAGCAUGCUAGUGUCCUUGUCUGCUCACCCUCAGGACAGUUGCCUGCUAUGGGGUAGCCACUGUCCUCCCUAAUGUAGAGAAUGAAGUGUGUCACCCUUUCAGGGAAAUCCAGGCAGCUUGCAGAGAGAGGAGGGUGGCAAGAGACAUUCCACCCCAGUGCCUUAUGCAUUAAAAACAAAAACAUGACUCCGGUUUACAGCAGCUUUGCGGAGGAUGGGAUGACUAGGGGGUGAGGGUGGGGAGACAAACACAGAAGGGCGGGCUCCUAGCUUAGUGAACCCACGUUUAUAGACUACCCCACUCCCCAGCAUCUAGUGACUUACUGAGAUUGGCUCUUUUGUGAGCCAAAAAGGGAGCUGGCCCCGUGCUAUGAAGAAGCUCAUGGAACAGCUUCUGUGUUCUGUCCCGGGUGCAGCAGGGUCACUGGUGGGAGACUAUGGUCCACACAAUCUUUCCAUCUAGACAGUGCCGAUACUGUGAUCUUUCACGGCGACUGGAGUGGGCUAUUCACGGGCACAAACAGGCUUACAGCAGUGGCUUUGGGGAAUCUCAGCUUAACUCCUAGACACGUUCAGAGGCAAACAUGCUGCUGCCCUGCUGCAGCCAACAGGCCUGACCUCCUCAUCUGGUUACUCCGUACUCUGCCAGUGUGUGGGGGCUCUGGUGAGGGAAGCAGCUGCACCUCACCUUUGUGUUCACAGACCAAGGUGGGUCCAACAUAGGUGCGGACUCGUGUUCCAUCUUUAAGAUAACUAGCUUUCCUUCAUUGUACAUAAGGUAUGAACCAAAGAGAUACAAGCAAUAUUCAAACCAGUGGUCCAGAUUUGUCUCUAAUCUACAUAGGAUGGUUGGACAGCUGUGUCCCUGCACCUGGCCAGAAGCUAAACCAACUUCAAACUUGGGGCACUCAUUUCUCCUGGGCCUUCAGAAGAGAGACUUGCCAGAUGCUGUAAGCCAGCACCUCUGCCCCAUAGUGCUGGAUUCACCCACUGUGGACAGCUUCCUUUAAAAAAAAAAAAUGUCCAGGAUGUUAGAAAAAUGUAAGGCAAAAAAGUAUUCCUGUGACUCUGGGACAGAGUGACAACACUAAGCCAACACCUUCUCUCUGCUAGAGUAGGUCCAGUUGGCUGAAGGGGACAGGCCAGAUGCCCUCACCAGUGAGUGUGUCAACACCAGGCACCAUUCCCACCCCCAGCAGUCUUUACUGGCCGCCACUGGCAAGCGAGGCCAUCUAGGCAGGAAGUGUCCGUUGACCCUCUAGAGACAAAGUGUAGUCCAGCAGUCCCCACACCCUUGCUUCCUUCUCCUGAGUACUCAACUACACACUAACAGUCACCAGCACCAAAGAGUUAGGUCAACUAACCUGCCUUGACUUUGCCAGCAAUCCACAUGGCUUUAUCUGCAUAAAUCUUCUGCCUCUGAUCAUUUCUGGAUGGUGUAGGAGAAAGGAAUAGCGAUCAUUACCAUCUUGGGCCAGAUAACACUAUCUUUACCUAUGUUUCUUAACCUAAAUUAAGGAUCCACCUCUUCCCUGAGGGCUCGGUCUCUUGUUUAAAUGUUACCUUGGCACAAACACCAAGUGAUAAACUGUCACCUACUGCCUCCUAAUGAAGAAACAUCUAAUGGCCAGUGUGUGGCUGGAAUAAGCAGCAUUGUGAGCACAGGAACAGGGGAUUUCAUCUUCUAUCAUUACAGCAGAAGGUAUAUUUGGCAAAUCUUUGUUUUAUGUACUGUAUGAGUAACUUAUUCUUGAAUAAUGCAAAAUUUUGCUACAAUGUACAAAUUGCUAUAUGUGAAUUAAAAAGGUUUUCAGAAUUACAA